UUGGGUUUGUAUUGUUUGUUCUUCAAUUCAAUCAUUUGUUCAUCAUUAUUUCAUUUCAUUUCAUUUCAAUUCUAUGGUGAUAAGAAUAGUUUUCAUUUGGCGGCAUGAGAGUCAGCAUCAUCAUUUCCUUUGUUAGUUUUUUACAUUUAAUUAAUAUGAUAUUUGGCUAUUCCAUGCAAUUUGGUUACAUGCAGGCCAAAUCGGUGCCCAUUUAUGAAAAAGAAAUUAGAGAAAAUAUUACAAGUAAUUCGCAACAUAUUUACGAUAUUGUCUACAUACAGGAGGAUAGAUUAAACUUUAAAAUAACAUUGAUUUUGGUCUUUGAUGAGAGUCAAGUGGAAUUGGAUUGUGAGAAGAUGUUUAUCUCCAUAUAUCAAGGAGGAAUUGGUUAUAAUUUUACCACCAUACGCUUACAAUAUAAUUUGUAUUUGGACUGGCAGCCAAUUAAAUUAACCAUUCUGAUCUAUGGCGGUCUAGAAUAUAACUUAAUUUAAGUGAGUCAGUCUUAUACAGUGCAUUCUAUUCAGACUUAGUCAUCCAAUUGUAGCCAUUGUCGGGUAAAUCACUACGAAUCAAAGGCGAUAGCCAAGCCAAACGCCAACGUUCGCCAAAAACUGUUUUCAAAUUCAUAAGCCAACCAUUGUCAUAUUCUCUUGAUUUUCGAUGAGCUGAAACUUGGCCACUAAGGACAAUGGGCACAUGAUAGCCUAGAAGGAGUAUACCAUAAAGUAAGGCCAAUAUAUUGAGACUAUAAAAUAGUAGGAACAUAUUUGUCCAGAGGUUACCCGUGACAAACAUCAACA